UCAAUGUCGCUCCGGCGCUGAAGCCUGCAGUGCGCCUGUCGGUCUGGGAAUGAGCGCAACUUCCACACGAUCCUCUCUGCCGAGCCGCUGCUUCUUUUUAUUUUCGCUUCAUUGGAAAGGCAAACGCCGAGAGGCUGCUCACAGAGCCAGACCCGGGAUGGGCUCACUGGCGGCCCUGCGGACAGUCCUGGUCCUGGGCCUGGUGACCGGACUGGCGGGGUGCGCACCCGGCUUGAACGGCACGGCAGACCGCUGGGAGGCUCUCUACUCCCGGUCCCUGGCACGGCUCCCGGGGGAGAAGCGGGAGGAGAUCAGCCGAGACGGCGACUAUCUUCUGGGCAUUAAAAGGUUGCGGCGCCUCUAUUGCAACGUGGGGAUCGGCUUUCAUAUUCAGGUGUUACCGGACGGCAGAAUAACGGGAGUACACAACGAAAAUCGCCACAGUCUUCUGCAGAUCUCUCCGGUGGAGAGAGGAGUGGUCACUCUGCUGGGCGUUCGCAGCAGACUCUUUGUGGCCAUGAACCAGCGAGGAAAGCUCUAUGGAUCUUUACACUACAACAACGAGUGUAAGUUCAGAGAGAAGCUCCUUGCCAACAACUACAAUGCCUACGAGUCAGUGGCCUACCCGAGGAUGUUCAUCGGCCUGAGUAAGAACGGCAAAACAAAAAGAGGAAACCGAGUGUCCCCCGCCAUGACAGUGACACAUUUCUUGCCAAGAAUAUAGUGGCCUCAAAAAUAGACUUCACCUCAAUAUAGAGACAGAGGAGGUGGGGGGGGGGUCCAAACCAUGAUGCACUUUCACUCCAAACUUUAUGCAAGUGUGUCAUAUUUGAUCUUUUGCUUUGUAUAUAUUUGUAUAUAUUCAGUUUUUUUAUAUUUAUGUCAGUUUUGUAUUUUUUUGGAAGGGUUGUCUUUUGCCUGUGUGUGUGUGUGUGUAGGUAGGUAUAUGUGUGUGGGGGGGAUGGGUUCUCGCUAAACACAUUAUUUAUGUUUUGAUUUUCUAAUUUAUCAAAUAUUUGCUGCUACUGAAAGAAAUCCUGUCUUUGGAUGUUGGUUUCCUUUUCACUGAUGGGAAAGUAUGAAACAGUGCACUGGAGAUGUUUAUGGCUAUACUUUUGUAAUUUUUAAUAUGAAUAUAUAUAUUUUUGUAACAAAACAGAACCUUUUUGAGUCUUAGUCUAAAAAGUAAAUGAGGCACAAGUGUCUUCGUUGUCAGAAGUGACACUGAUUGCCAAAUGCUCCAGCUCCUUUGUGUGGCACUGGAGCCUAAUUGAAACAGUAUCAUCUUACUGCUGGGG